CCUCCUCCCCCUCCCCCGCCCCUCCAUCAUGGCGGCGGCGGCGGCAAAUUAGGGCAGAGCUCCCACCGCCCCCGGCGGACCCGCCCGGCGCAGCGCCGCUCCUCCACCGGACCGGACCGCACCGCCCCCCCCCCACCGGCCGCCGCCGCCUCCUCCUCCUCCUCCUCCUCCUCCUCGCCCCCGCAGUCUUCCUCGGUUACCCGGAGGAAACCCUACGUGCCCCAUAAGAGCACUGCCGCAUUGCAAGCCAACCCGAUGGCGUCCUCUACUGCUGUGCCUGUAGGAUUUCACUAUGAAACAAAAUACGUAGUUCUCAGCUACCUGGGACUUUUAGCACAAGAGAAGCCACAGGAGCAUCCUCCUCCUUCAACUCAAGGGACUCAACAACAGCUUAUGGCACAACCUGCUUCAGAGAAAGAGGCUUUGGAGAAGAUUAAAAUAGAAAUUGAGGAGGAGCUAAAACGUCUUGAUGAAGAAAUCUUGGAAGCAUUUACCACUACAGGAUUUGACUGCCACACUUCCCCAGUGUUCAGUCCUGCCAAUCCAGAGAGCUCGAUAGAAGACUGCCUGGCACAUUUGGGGGAGAAAGUGUCCCAGGAAUUGAAAGAACAUCUGCACAUAGCACUGCAGACCUUGCUUAGCAAGCCGGUGACAUAUCAGGAAUAUCGAGAGCGCACACAAGAGGCAGCUGCUCACGCCAGUGGAUGGAACAAGGUCUUGGUACCCCUGGUUCUGCUACAACAGUUUCUGAUGGAGUUAACCAGACGGGGCCAGGAACCACUGAGCGCACUUGUGAACUUCGGGGUGACGUAUCUAGAAGACUAUUCUGCAGAUUAUAUCAUUCAACAAGGAGGAUGGGGGACGGUCUUCACUUUGGAAUCCGAAGAGGAAGAGUACCCCGGGCUCAUCGCAGAGGACAGUAAUGACAUCUACAUCCUGACCAGCGACAACUCGGGACAGGUGAGCCCCCCGGAGUCCCCCACAGUGACCACGUCGUGGCAGUCGGAGAGCCUGCCCGUCUCCCUGUCAGCGAGUCAGAGCUGGCACACGGAGAGCCUGCCGGUCUCCCUGGGACCCGAGUCCUGGCAGCAAGUGGCCAUGGAUCCUGAAGAAGUCAAAAGCCUGGACAGCAACGGAGGGGGUGAAGAAAGGAGUGAGAACAACUCUUCCAACUCGGAUAUUGUUCACGUGGAGAAGGAAGAGAUACCGGAGGGGAUUGAGGAAGCCGUGGUGUCAGCCGUCGCUGCAGAGACCGUGCAGGCAGCGUUUCCAGAAACCCCUGCUUCUUUACAGGAAGUAAAACCUCCAGCUGAAAUUGCUGCUGCUGAAAAAGCACAUCCCUCUGCACUUCCACGUACAAAACAGGAGGAAAAGGGAAAAGCGGCUGAAGAGCUUGUUGAACCUGAAAUCCCCGUAUUAAGUAAACCUGUCCCAAAGUUAGCCCCAUCAGAAGAAAAAGCUGCACCAGAACCUGAGAAAAUACUGCUUCCGGGGGAACAAAAAGUGGGGAAAGAGGGCCGUUUGGAAGAAAUAGAAGAGAAAUCCUCCGCUGCAGAGGAGAAGCCUAUCUUAUUGCCGGAAGGGAAAUCUAUAUUGCUGUACGGUGGGGCUGCUGCGGUAGCUAUAUUAGCUGUAGCGGUCGGAGUAGCGCUGGCGCUUAGAAAAAAAUAACGGAGCUCUCUUGAGGAGGAGGAGGAGGGGGGAGAGAGAAGAGGGCACGAUCCAAUUGUUGUAGUUGUGUUACCUAAAGGUUGAGCUGCCUGCUGUUUAAUUGGACAUCUGAGUAACUUAAUGGUGAUGGGGUGAGGUCCUUCAAUAAGCCUCCAGCUAUGGACAAUCAUGUUUUUAAGUAGAAUUGGGGCGGGGACUGGUUUUUCGUGAUUAAAGUACAGGGGUAUUUUUAAAAAAAAAAAAAAAAAAAAACAAAAUCUGCAAAUUUAAGAACUUAAGCGCAGGUGCUGAAGAAAGGGGUGCUCGUACUCUAGGAACUGGAACAGAGAAUCCCCAGGGGAAGGGGAGAGCCAGCUGCCACCAACCCCUGGAGUUUUUGGCUUCUCAGACUGACCGCUGUUGCAGCUGUGCUGUCUUGUCACCUCCCGUUGCGCCCCCCCCCAACCCUCCCUAAGAAACAUUUAUUAGCCAACCCGAGUCCUGUAGCGAGAGGCUGGUCUCCCUUUUGUCUUGGCUUCCUCUCAGGUACAGCACUGCUCCUCGUAACCUCGCAGGUUCCUCCUAAGCCCCAGUGGGACAGUGCUUAUUCUUACCUCUUUGCUCACACUGGUUUUGGCCCCUAACAUUUACUGGAGCCCCAUCCUGUAAAGAUGCUGCCUCUCUAUAGCUGUAUUAUCUCUGAGCAUCCUGCUGUUCCUGGGGGGGGGAAGAGGUGCAGGACGGUGCUUUGGGCUGCCCAGGAGGGUGGGGGGGACACUGCUAUUUGCUGGUUUGGAGAAUCCAUUUGCUCUGCUCCUGCCGGGCCCACUUCACUGCCACCCUUGAGUUACCAGAGGUGCAAAAUUCAUGCUGGAGACGGUGCCGUUCUGACCAGUACUUUGAGAGCAGGGUCUGUUCAGCAAAGAGACGGCAAAACUGCGUGGACGUGAGGCCGAUGCCUCCUGCGCAAUUCAAAGGUGAAUGGCCACGCUGUCCGUAUCACGCUGCGGUCUAUCGUUUUUCCCAGGUUAAGCACAGAGUAUGUUUAGUCCUAACUUGGUCUUGGCUGUGACAGAAUCCCAGAUACAUAAAGCAAUGGAUUCUAGCAACUGAGCAAAACAGCAUUAAACAUCUCCUCUAUCUGCCUGUUCCCGACCUGACCCCGGGGUGUUGUUCAGUGCGAUUCCUUUUGCGACCCUGAAUCUGUGAUAAGCUAAACUUACAGGUCACAGGUGGUGAGAAAAUUACUUUGGCAAAAAGUAAAUCCCUCUUCCUGCAGUCACAGCACCACAUAAUGCGCGGGAAGAGAAGCCUUUGCAGUAUUGCCAUACGCGUUAGUAAACGUCGGAUCCAACCACGAGUGUUCCUCUCCCAGUGCGCGUUUCUCUGUCUGUCCUUGUCCCUACGGCAGCUCUCUGGGCAAGACCUUCGGCUUUCCAGGCAAAACUACUGAGGCAUCUCAGGGGGUUCGUGCUGGCGCUGUGGCUUAGGCCAGGUGGAGGUAGGUGAAAGGGAACUCGGGAUAAUGGAAAAACCGCAAUCGUGAGCUUACAGGAAGCUUACUCUUCAUGAAGCACAAAGACAAGGUACUUUAUUUCUAAAUAACCUUAUCUAGAGUAUGUCUCCUAACGAGCCCGUUUCCUAAGUGAUCUGAGAAUGAAGAGAUUCUAGCACAUUCUCUAUUUUAGGAUAUUCUUGCUACGUAUCCCAGGAUGCUGGGAAGUCAGUAAGACCGUGGCAGAUUCUGAGGAAUUUUUUUUUGUUUAAGCUUUUUUUGAGAGUGAAUUUUCUAGAAAACUUCUCAGAUUUUGACCUGUGUGUGUGAAGCUGAAUAUUGAGAGGAGGGAUUGUCACCUGUGUACUGCUGCGGACCGAAUGCGGGAGCUCUGGAGUUCUGGACUUUACUGCUGAUCAUUGAUUUCUCUUUUGCCAUGUACAAAAGGCAGCAGGUUGGCCUUAACAGAAAAAGAAACCCUUUACCGUGUUGCAAAAUAGAAUUGACUUUUUUGGCCAUUUCCUGGUGCCCCGCUGGUACUGUCACUGCUGUGCUGUGUGCCCAGAACUGGUCGCUGGGACCUCCUCACGCCACAGACUCUCCGGUGUCUGCCUUCCCACCACUGCAGUUCCCUCUCCUGGCCCUCCACGGCAGCUUCCCUCGCGUGGAGAGGAGAGGUGGCUUAAUGCUCCUUUUGUCACGGAUGUGCACGACUGUUUACAGUUUUGCUUCAUUUCCCCUGUCGCGACAGUGACAGUCUGUGAGGGUGCCUGGUUGUUCCUGUGUGACCAGGGCUGCUGGUCGGGUGGGCCUCCCCUUCUCCUGCUGCCUUGCUGACGGCUUUGGUUUCCUCUCCGGGCACGUUCUCUGUGGGAGAAGGGCCGUUCUUAACCCGACCUACGUCCUCUCCUGACUGAAGAUGAUGCACCUACCUUUGGGACAUCCCCCAGCUCUAGCCACCCAGUGGGGUUACACAAAAGCACCCACGUGCGCUCUGAAGCAGAGAUGGGUUUUUUUGGACACUGGAUAAUUUGUGUACAGACUGGGGCCGGGGCGCAAGGUCAGGUGUUCUUUGAGUGGUUGUUUCAGUAGUAGCGCGGGAGAUCGGUACAGGACAGACGAGAACAAAUCCACGCCGGCUUGUUGGCACAAGGAGCCCAGCGGGGCAUUAAAUAAAAUGUGUCGUCUUCUACACACAGCAGGGAGAAGAAGGUGGCAGCCGUAGUAAGGAAAACAAAUGACUUUUUGUUUUGUUAAGCAUUUCCAUGGUUGGUGAAAGCCUUGAGUAUCUGGGGUGUUGCUACAUUUAAUGGAGCAUCAGCUGCACCGUGUGUUCUGGUGGUUUGGUCCCUUCUUUAUUUUCUCAUUUUAGGGUCUUACAGGUUUGACCAGGCAGCAAGAAUUUGUACCAUCUUCUCCCCCACCCUGCUGACUGCGCAUUUAGAGAAUUUUAUCGUUCCGCGUCUCCUCUGGGAACGCUCCGUUAGCUAAAAACGUCAGUUACGGACUUGCAUGCUACUGAAUUUGGGAGUCCUGUGGUCAGAGCUGGGACAGGCCUUGCGGAAGUCCCCAAAGGGCGGGUAAGCUCAGAUGACAGCAUCCUUACAGGCUUGUAAGGAUGUGCUUGCUCUAUUAAAGGUGUGAAUUGGAAAAUGGAAGGGUUUGGUUCCCCACCCCCAUCUUCAAGUAAAUUAAAGUAAUCCUAAACUGCAGGGUCUAAUUACCCUGAACUGUGUGAUGCGACCUCUUUUUAGUGGAUCUCUUGCAGCUGGCAGAGGAAAGGCAGUAGCUAUAUACUUACAAAAGGGCAUAUAGAAUUACUCUCACUUGUGUUGCUUAUCCCCUUCCCAGAAGUGCCUCAAUAUCUGUCCUCGAGUGGCCUGUACCUUAAUAAAAUAUCUACCUUAGACCCAAUCUUUCUUCACUUUAUCCUCAUCUGCAGCACACCCUAAAGCUGAGAUGCUAAAACAGCAGAGGACUGGAUCUACAAAAAAAGUAUUAAAUACUUACAGAACUGCAGUGAGCAGCAUGUUAAAUAAGGAGCUGGCAAGGAAAAGGCUUUCAAGAUCAGGUGCAACUUAAAUUUCAGUCGUGCCUAACUCUAAGCUACGCCGACUUGGGCAUUGCAGCUGGGAAAGAUCUUUCUUCAGGCAGCAUUCCUGGAACAAGAGGCCGGGAGCAAAGACUGAAACCCAGAAUCCCGCUGUUGCAUAAAAGCCCAGAAAAACACAGCUAGAGAGCCGUGGCCCUGCUUGUUUGUAGCUGCGUGCUGUGCAAGAGCCUGGUGGACUCCUGGCUCCAGAGUUCCUUAAAUUUCAGCAGCUCCAGGCCUGGGUGGCUGUAGUUGGCACAGCAGUGCUGAGCUGCUCAUCUGGGGCAAAAAUCUAAAUAUUACUGGGCAUGCAGAGAAGCUGCUUGAAAAACAGAAGCUUUCGGUUCUCGUCAGGCUAGGUGGAUGCUGAGCAGGGGGUUCUCAGGAUGAUAAUUUGGUUGCUGAAAAUAGCGUAGCUCUAAAAUACUGAGUCUGGCCAAUUGAAACAAGCUAGAGGCUAGAAAGCAACACUCCUGCAGCCUUCUCUCCAUUCAGCUGUGACUCAUUAAGCAGCUGCCUGCUCCAGGUACGCACCAGUCUGACCAGAAGCAUUGUGCCAGACAAGGCAGUGGGAACACACUGGCUGUCUAGUACCGCGCCUGGGUUUAGGCACCAGUUUAACUUCUGGCUGGAGGUGAAGUGCCUGUUGGUGUGGUGUUUGCUGUUGGUCGUUUCUUGCCUAUCACUACUGCUAGAAUCCAUCCUUGCUGUUUGUGAGGGCUUGACUUCUUUCAUCGUGGCUGGGGGCUGUGCUCAGGCCUCUGCAGCUCAAGUGCCGCUUGGAAGCUGUAGUGCUGAGUGCUCUCGUGUAGGGCAAGUUCUGAUGCCAGAAUCCCGUUUCCUUCCUUUUCACGUAGCUCUGAUCACAGCUAGGUUAACACUUUGCACUGUAUUUUUAAACUAAUCGAUGCUUUCUAAUGGUCACAAAUGAGACAUUUUCUUAGUACUAAACAAGCGAGGGUCUGGAGUUUGGUCUUUUUUCAUUUUAGUGAUUGUAGGAGACAAAGUAAUCUGAGGUCAUAAACCUUCCUUGCAUUUAAUUUCAGCUACAGUACUAGCAAAGCCCUAGUAAGGUAGAUCUUGCUCUUCUGGCAAAAAAAUAAAAUAUUAUAAAAAAAAUUAGAAGUGCUUCUGGUAGCAUAGUCUCUCAUGCGCUGAACCAGAGCAAGCUCAUGCUACAGAAUUUGAGACUCUAAGUACUAGAUUCUUUUGCUGUGAAAUAGUGGUGGGGGAGGGCGGUGGAAGGUUGACCGCAGCCCCAGCUGUAGAGCCCAGGUCUUCAGCAGAAUGUCUCACUGCAGCCAUGAAACAUUCUGAAGGUCAGCUCAUGCAUAUGUGUCUAUUCCAACAGGAGCAGAUACAUACAACAGGAGUAGCAUCUACUCCAGGAGGUUACACAACAGGAGAAAGUGUUUCCCAGUGACCCAUGGACCUGCACCUAUUGAAGGCAGAAGCUAGGCAUGACUUGAAUUUGGCUUGGUCUACUUAGCUUCAGCACUAGGAAGGUCACAAGAAGAGUAUUGCUUUGACUCCAUGUAUGUAUCUGUGCUUCAAAGUGCAAGCCCUGUAUUGCCAUUAAAAAAAAAUAAUAAUGGGGGGGUUUGUAAGAUUUAAACAACCACUACUUGACUCUGGUAGAGACAGCGGCUCAGGCCCAGACGGAGCAGGGACUGCAGGGCUAGCUCUAGGCAGCGGUACUCAGUUUGUGAACUCUCCUGACUAGCGUGCUGGGCUGGGGAAGGAGAACUGCAGCAGCUUGGCAGGGGUCAGCUGCAGUGUUAGCAAUACAGCCAGAUCCACCUCCUGAAGGUAAAUAACUUUAUCACAUUUUUUUUUUUUCCUCCUUUCCUACUUAGAGCUGACCCUCUCUCGGUCUCUUUGGUAGGCUGACUUGCUUCCUCCGAGCUAGAGGUCUAUGGUUAUGCUGUAGAAGUGGGGGAGCUACAGUUAGCUUCCAGUGGAAGCUGCUUUUGAUCUCCCUGCAGUAUCUGCAGGGGAAGGAAGGAACACUGUUGUGGACAGAACAAGCUGCAGAGGAUGCAUCUUACUGCUAUACCUUUAGGGGGCCUCUCCCCAUUUUUAACUUGCAUUAUAAGCUUUUAUUGGAGUGUAAAGCUAAAACCCACUCAGA